AUGAGCGGCACAGAUGGUAACAGUGGUGGCAUUGGAGCAAGUCGCAGAAGUUUUGGAGAGGACCAGUAUGCGACACCUUCAGCUGCAUCGCCGGACGUUUGGGAUAUCAGAAAGAAAAAAGCAGCAGAUCUAGAACGAUUACGAUUGGAGUCUAGGUUGAAGGCGAGAUUGAAAACUGACGAGGAGUUGGGGCUAGGUUUGUUGUCUUCUGCAUUUUCUCGGCUUUUGGGUUGGUUGGACUGCAGGCAUAUUGCUGGCUUAUCUCCUAUGCAUUCUUGCAGAAGUGUGCAAUUCGCCAACGCAUAUAUCCGUUAA